AGGCACUUGAGGAAGCUCAAUUAGUCACAAGCUCUGCAAAGAGACAGCCACGCAGAGCGUCUGGACACGAGAGAAAUUAUGGCCAGAGUCCCUGACAUAUAUGAGGAUCUCCAUUUACAAUACAGUGACAAUGAGGAAUUCAUUUCAGACACUCACCACGUCUCAUCGAGUCAGGACUCCUUCUACACUAAUUCCAGCCCAUACCAAGAGGAGAGUUGCACAAAAUUAGAGAUUUCUGAGAAAAUCCACCAGCUUAAUUCUCAAGAUUGUGUGGAUGCACCAGUUGUCAAAAAGAAAAAAGAGAAGAAGAAACAAAUUUCUGAGAGCCAUCCCAUCACCAGUAAUUACGUGUUUAACGUUGGCAGCAAUUUGGACAAACAUAAAGAUGUAAACAGACUCAUGGCUGCCUCCAAACGGGAGUAUACUUUCAAUUCCUAUUUAACUAACCAAACAAUAAGUGACCAAGACAAUCGAAGUAUAUUGCAAAUAGAAAAUCACCUCAGAGCUGUUCCCAUCCAAGCCAUAACACCUGACGGAGUGUUUGACAUAGGAAGAUACGUAACUCUACAACCUGCACCAAAUUAUGGAAUGGCCGUGACGAUAAGGAUCGCAAACACACAAUUGUUCGUGGCCGCCAAGGGGGAAAAUGAACCUGUGGAGCUACAGGAACUCCCCAAGACGCCCACCACCCUUGAUUCUACCAGCCAAUUCCUCUUCUACUGGAAGACAGAGGGGAAUUACAGCACCUUUGCCUCUCUUGCCUAUCCAGGACUGUUUCUGGCUACUGAUGUUAAGGACGAUGAGCUGGUCUUCUUGGCAAAAGGACUCCCUGCUCUCACUGCCUUCCUAGUGGUAGAUCAAUAAAAGCACAGGUUAGCAGAGGAGGAAAAGCUCCAUCAUGCUCUUGUCAGAUGAUCAGGUACUUAGAGCUGGGAGAGGACCUUGUUUUCUACUUUAGUGAUUUUAUAGAUGUGAAAACUGCUUGUCCAAGGUCAUUCCAAAAGUAAAUUUUGGAGGUAGGAUGUGAAAGCACGUACUUACAAGAAAACCACUCUACUUUCCACUAAAUCACACUGCUGUAAUUUAUCUGUAAAAUGAUGGUAUGUACUAUGUACAUGAUGAAACCAAAUCUUUUCCUCUUAGUCAUGUACCAUACAUAUGGCUUUGGGAUGAGUCCUUGUUAUUCUAAAUGAAUGUUUGUGAAGGAAUUACAAGAGUCCAGUGGACUCAACACUAACUCACGAUUAUUAUUUAUUAUUUGGAGAACACCCUGUAUUUUGCAAAGGGCUAAUCAUUUUACUUAGCGUUCUUUGUUGCAGUUUUAUGAAGCAGACUAUUACUAACUGUAACCAUGAGAGCAAUCUCAUCAGAGAUGUUGAUAUUAUUCUAAUUAUAUUAUGGAGAGGUUAAGUGAGUAAUAAUGAGAGAAAUUGAGAAGUAUGUACAGUGAAAUCAGAACCAGAAUUCCAGAAUCUUUUUGUCUGUCGCUUGGAAAACUUCAGGCUUCUCU